AUCUCGGAUAUUUGAUGAAUGAUUGACGACAAAGUUAAUCGUAUAUUUUAGUAUUUCGCUAUUGAUUUGUUUUUUAUUCCCUGAGGCUAACUGAGGCAUACGGUCGUUUUUUAGUUGCUAUGAGCGACUCAUACCAACUGUAAAGCGACUUUUCCCACCGUUUCAGAGGCAUUGCAAUGCCCUCUGAUUUCAUACCGCUGUUCAGCGCGGAUAUCGACCUGAAUUCUCCAAACUCCCUUUAUUCCAAAGAAUCAGUGUAUGAUCUUCUCCCCAAAGAGCUGCAGUUGCCAUCAACUACUGAGCAGAACACAGCAACCAUGAGUCAGAAAAGUGGUGGAGAGGUGGGCCUGCCCACCUCAACGGCUCUUACCUCAGAUGCCUCCUCCGUCUCCUCUGCUAAGACCACAGGAAGUCCCCGCAGUGCUUUUUCCAACUCUUCCAGUUCCAUUAUGCACUCCUCUACCUCAGCUGCCGAUAUCACCCCGGCUGCAGACGGUGGCAUUCCAGGAGAAGUAAGUAGCAGAAGAAAGGCUGAGAUGCUGGCGGUGGAGGCAAAGCUCAUCAACAGCAGCAGUAUUGGUGCUUGUAGCAGAGGUGGUGGUGACACAGGAGGAGGGUUGGCAUCCCAGCAGCACCAUCAGAUGACGCCUUCCAAGAGACCAGUGCUCAACAUCUCACCUCCGCCAGAAGACCUCUUUGACAACAGCCGUAUGUCUUGCCAAGAUGAAUUGGUUUUAGACAGUGAGCAGAGUAACAGCAUGUGGAUGGAAAACUCUGUUUCUAACUUCAGUCUCAUGAGUACCAGUUCCUACAAUGACAAUACAGAGGUGCCCCGCAAGGCCCGUAAACGUACCCCCCGUCAGCGUCCUGGGCCCAAGCCAGUCCCAGCUGGAGAGGCCAGCAUGGAUGUCUUUGAUGCAGACAGUGCCAAAGCUCCUCACUUUGUCCUUUCACAGCUAGGAUCAGACUCUAAGGCCUGCUCGAAAGUGAGUUCAACUGAUGAACCACAGGUAUCUGGCCAGAAAGGUGGGACACUGUGUAUUCAGUAUCCACAAAAGAGUGAGGGGAAGGAGCUAAAAAUCCUGAUCCAGCCAGAGACUCAGCACAGAGCACGUUACCUGACAGAGGGCAGCAGGGGAUCUGUGAAAGACCGCACACAACAGGGCUUUCCCACCGUCAAGCUGGAGGGUGUGAAAGAGCCAGUGGUCCUACAAGUAUUUGUAGGGAGCGAUGCUGGCCGUGUGAAACCGCACGGCUUCUAUCAAGCCUGCAGAGUGACCGGACGCAACACCACUGCCUGCAGGGAAGUGGACAUUGAGGGCACCACGGUCAUUGAAGUUUCUCUCGACCCUAGCAACAACAUGACUCUAGCGGUGGACUGUGUGGGGAUCCUGAAACUCCGGAAUGCUGACGUCGAGGCUCGUAUUGGAGUGGCUGGGUCCAAGAAGAAGAGCACCCGUGCUAGGCUGGUGUUUCGGGUCAAUAUCCCUCGACCUGAUGGCUCUUUGCUCACAUUACAAACACCAUCCUCUCCCAUUCUGUGCACCCAGCCUGCAGGAAUGCCUGAGAUUCUGAAGAAAAGUUUGCACAGCUGCUCAGUAAAAGGGGGCGAAGAAAUUUUUAUCAUUGGAAAGAAUUUUCUCAAAGGAACCAAAGUCAUAUUCCAUGAAAACGCAUCAGAUGAAACAUCUUGGAAGACAGAGGCUGAAAUUGACAUGGAACUGUUUCAUCAGAAUCAUCUUAUUGUUAAAGUCCCACCAUAUCAAAAUCCAGCGAUCACCUCUCCUGUAUCUGUUGGGAUUUAUGUGAUUACAAAUGCUGGACGUUCUCAUGAUGUUCAACCAUUUACCUACACUCCAGAUCCAGCAGAUGUGGCUGUAAAAAAAGAGACACUGUCCCCAGUCAAGCCCUGCUCCUACGAGCAAAUGAAAGCAGCCAUGGAGAAUGCCUUGAUGCCCCCUAUUUUACCUCUUGUCAAAAGAGAAGAGGUCACUCCCAUGGAGGUUUCCAGUAACCCCUCAGCAACUAACGUGUUCAAGGCCUCAGAUGUCUUUAAUACCCAGCAGACCUUAGAGCAAGAGUCAAAUAGUGUCGCCUUUUCCACCAAAGAGACUUUAAGCACCAUCCAAAAACAAGACAUUGCACCCAACAGUUCUUUUGAUGUAGCUAGCAAAUCUCUGUGUCAGGACGGAGCCCGACACUUCCUCCUGGAGCAACAAGACAGUUUGACACAGGAAAGAUCUAGCAGCAGUGCUGGUGCUGUGGUAGGGCUUUCCCAAAUGGCAGACACUCCUCAGCAGCAGCUCUCACUCUUACCCCCUGAUGAGGUAGCACAGUUGGAGCAGGCAGUGCGACAGCUGCAAGCAAAUGGCUUCUGUAACAUUCCAUUGCAGUCUGAGAGUUCAUUAGCAAAGCAACAGCAGCACCAGCUUCAGCAGCAACAACAGCAACAGCAACAACAACAGCAGCAGCAGCAACAGCAGCAGCAACUCCAACAGCAGCAUCUCCAACAACAACAACAACAACAGCAACAACAACAACAACAACAAGUUCUGGAGAACCUCCAACACCAGCUAUUUCAGCCACAGAUGCAGAUGCAGUGUCAUCCAGAGCAGCAGGGUCAACCACAAGGCAUGGUGCAGAAUAAUGGUUCUCUCUUCCAGCAGCCACAGCAGCAACAGCAAGCAGCUCUCUUUCAGCAGGCGAAGGAGCUCAUCAUCCAGACAAGUUUCCUUCCACCGACACCCUCCCACUCUUCUCCACCCCUAUUCCAUAACCCUGCUCCUAUGUCAGAGGCACAAGAUCCACAGAAGACACACUUCCACACUCAGAAGACCUCACCUACCCAGGAGCAGGUCCAAGCUCCCCUAUUUCAGAACACCCUUACCACUGAAUCACAGUCCUCUGCUCCCAGGCCAUUCAUUGCUCAGAAUGGACUGCCUGGUCAGCUCAGUGUAAACAGCAGCCAGCAACAGCUGAAUUUCCUUAGUUCUUUCCAGACAUCUGCUUUGGAUACCCAGUCAGUCUUUCAGGCCCCUAAUCAGCUACCCUCCAUGCAGCAGAGCAGCCCCAUGGAACAGCAGCAGUCAUCACAGUCACAGCAGCCCCCACAACCGCAACAGGGCUCCCUAUUCCCCGGCAUUCCUCAGUCACCUACCAACAAAAUCCCCCCCAACCAACUUUACCCACUUUCCUCUGCAGUAACACCAGAGCAGUCAAGCAAUCUGCUCUUCAGAGGCCAAGCCCAGAUAUCUUCUAUGGCCAGUACCACCCUAACUUCUCCUGAACAACAGAACCCUUCUCUUCUUUUUUCCCAGACCGGCAUGGUUACUGUAAGACAGCAGGAACCAUCUGAGCCCAUGUCCUUUCAAGAUCAGAGCACAGUGCAAGGCAGCUCAUCAGGAAACAAGCAGAACCUCUUCCAGGAACAGCAGCCCAUGCAGUUGGCCUCGAACUCGCCGGGCGGCUCUGAAAACCUCUUUAUGGCUCAGUCAAACAUGCCAGGGAGAAUGGCUACCCAGGAAGUGCUCUUUGCAGCACAGAAUGGUGUGCCGGGGCUUCAGACCACCACUUCCUCUCCUGUGCAGCAGCCAGGAUCUCUCUUCCAAACAACUGUUAAUGGAACCCUCAGCCAGCCCAGCCAGAGUCAACAGUCCAGCCUUUUCCUCUUUGAGAUCCAGAACAGGUGCAGUCAGCUGAUGAACUCUUCCGGACCCACACUGUCUGAUCAGAUCAUUGCCAUUAGCCAGGCAGGUCAGAGCCAGAGAGCAAGCGAUGGACAGAUACAGUCCUUGCUUAGCCAGUCCAUGUCUGAAUCAAGCAACACCACCAUUGCUACCUCUCAGAACAUGGAGAAGAUUGAUGACCUUCUUGUGAGCCUUCAGGAGCAAGGAAACAACCUCUCCCGUUCCUACUAGGUUUAUAUUCAGGUUUCAGAGGCCUUCUGGAAAGGGCAAAUUCACAACAUGGUAUUUUUGUACUCUAAGCCUGUAUCCUGUCAAAGUUCAGUUCUUUUGUGAAAGUUCUGCUGCAUACCUUCUGAAAAGAUCGGGAUGUGAAGGAUAUCAGUCAACAUGCCUUCAAAAUAUUGCUCGAAACAAAUUUUUUGAACAGAUGUUUGUCAAAAUGAGCAUGGAGUGAUACUCUGUUGUUUGUCCAUAGCAGUGAAUGAAAUGUAUCAUAAGGUAGAAUGUUUGGCAUUUUUUGUGUUGUGCUGUUGCGACACCCAAACAUUCUGCAUUUGGAAUUACUCCAGAGAUGUCUGUGGGUGCUGAUGAUGUUGCUUGCCUGCAUUGUUGUUUUUUCAAAAAAAUUAGGUUAAUCAUGAUUGAAAAUAGAAAAAAAAUCAAACAUGGAAUUUGUUAUGUUUUUUGACUUCUUUGCACUUUAUAAUGCUUUCUGUUGUGACCUUCCUUUAGUUCUAUACCCAAGUUUACUGUAGAUAUUACUACUACUUUACUAAUGUUUAUCAUUUAUGUAAUAUUUUGUAGAGAGUAUCACCGAUAAUGAUCUCUUACCCUUUACCGUUCUCCAUGGCUACCCAUUCCUAAUUUUUUUUUUCCAUAAAAAGUAUGUAAGUGCACACACAAACGUUUUAGCUAUAACAUUAAUGAAGAAAACAUUUAGGUCAUUUACAGCUGUCUUAUAUGACUUGUCCUGUUUAUUUAAUGUUAUGAAUGAUGUCUAUAUAAUGUCUAUUUGUGCUUGUAAUUUUAUACAUGCAGACAUAUAUCCUUCUGUUGUGUCUGAAAUAUACUUGUGUUUUCUUAAAUGGUUCAUGAAAAAUCAUGUCAUUUGAAAAACUGAAACGUUUUAAGUAAUGUGUGGUAGAUUUCUUUUAUCUGGACAGAUUAAAUUUAUUUAUCAAAUAUAAAUGGUUUGUCACCAGCUUGCAGCAUUCUAUCAUAAUUCGGAGUACAAGAAAUAUUUUAGAACUUAUCUGUUUUAUUUACCAUUAGUCUAUGCUGCCAACAUCAGGCAAGUUGUAAACCUGCCGAAUUAAUUGUGUGGCAAGUUUUACAAGGUCAAAUGAUCUGACAGGAGUGGAGUUGUUUGUAUGAUUGUGUGCUAUUUUUAAAUAUGGAAAUACGUAUAUACAUUAGAAACAACAGGUCUCUCUGAUGUAGAAAAUGCUCUGUGGAGCCAAUUACUAUUUUGUUAACUGUUGUCUUUUUUGUGAAGUGUGUUGACCUUUUGGUUAUUUUAUACCUUCUUGCAUUUAAAUGGAGAAUACUCUGUUUAAUGAGCAACUGUUUAAGAGAGCAGUGCUCUUUUGGAUUACAAAAACUUUCUGCUUACAUAUUAUCUGCUUUGGGUAAAACAGCUGUCUGUGAUUAGCCCUCUGUCUCUCUACUAUACUGAGUGCUGUUUUAAACUUGCAUUUGAAUAUUUAUGUGAAUAUUUACCAUUUCCCAUUUUUAACUGGUUGUUUUUAGAUUAUAAUACUUUAUAGAAAACAUAACUAAUUUAUUUGUGUCUUUAUAUUUGUUGUUUCCCGCAAAGUUUUUAGCUCUGCAGAUUGGCUUAUCCAAAUAUUUGGUCUCAGUUCAACAUAAAUUACAUAAAUUUACAUAUGUGUACACAUAUACACACAUAUCCAUUUGUGUUGGUCCCGUGUAAUUUGUCAGACUUUGAAUAAACGGAGGUAAAUAUGUUGCCUUUAAUGUGGUUAUGAGGCGCCGCAUACACAGUGAUAUAGUGAUAUGGUCCUCUUUCAUAUUUUACUGUUUUACCAUUGUAUUACAGCCUCCCAUUUAAUAUGAGAGCACAGAAUAUAUUUUGGGAAAUCUAAGCCAUUCAAACUGUACAGUGUUUACAAAAAUGCUGUAUGUUGCAGAAUACACCACCUCAUGAAUCCUGGACCAAUUAUUAUUAUCAAUAUAUUAUAUUUUUUGAUAUUAGUAUGUAAAUAGUUUUGAUAGCAACAUAAGUCUUGGUCCUUUGUGUGUUCCUGUUUAUAAUAAAUGCUAACUAUUCCGAAUGUCAGGUUGUGUCCAAUGUCGAAGUUUGCACGUCAUGAUGGGACUAAUUAAAGUUGGGAUAGUUUUCCCUUUUUUGCAAGUGAAAUGGGAUUAAAUAUAAUAUGAAUUAGUGAAUGUGAAAUGAUGACAUUAAUAACAAUAUUAUUUCAUUUCUUGCUUUACAUAUGGCAAUUAUCAGUGUUUCUGCCUUACUGUUGUGCUUUUCUUAUAUUGUAAGUCAAACCAAUCUGCUUUGAUAGAUUUAUUCUAUAUCACAGCAUAGAGAAUGCCAGUAACUGGAGAGGCAGUGGGUACCUUUUUAUUUCUAUAAAAUAUUUGUGCCUUGGAAAAAAUUAACAACUUGCACUGAGUUGCCUGUUUUUACAAACCAAAAGAAAGAAUUGAUUUGUUAAAAUACCACCCAAAGUGACCCAAAUAAAAUAUUUCUUUUUGCCCUAUAUCACCAGAUCUACUUCUACUUAAAUAUUCACUGCAUGACUGGCUCAAGUGCAGCUGAAUUGUUGUUUCAAACUACUGUGCAGUUUGACUCAAUACAAUUUUAAAUCUGUUACUUUGAAUACACUUUUUUUUCUUUCCAGCCUCUCCUACUUUGUAACAAAGGGGAGUUGUAACUACUGUAAUUCUUUUGAUUUAUUUAUGUUGCUCGUAAAGUAAUUCCUAAUUUUGUAAAGUUUCACAACAAUUUAUGUGGUAUUCUGAAGAUUAUUUUAAUUAACUGGAAACUAUCUGAAAUCUUUGCUCGAUUAUUGCCAGAUAUUUUCCAGAUACAUAUAAUUUGUUCAUAGAAAAAAGCUUUAUUCACUACUUUGUUCCCACAUGAUUGUUGUGUCCACUUUCUGUCUAACUGGAUGUGAUUUGAUAUGAAACUCAGUGAGAGGUUUUCUUACUCUUUGUAAUUGUCACCCAGAUAUCAGUAGAAGGUUACUGGUAUGGAUACAAUUAUUUUAAAUUUGAAAAAGUAAACAUGUAUUUAAUGACAGAUAUUUAGACAUUUAGAUAUAUUGUUGGCUUUUGGGGCAUUUGUAUACUCUCACAGUUAUAUUUCUGUAAAUCUGCUGCUAUCAUUAAAUAAAAAUAGAUUGCAAUGUU